AUGAUGCUAAUAUUAUCCUUAUUUUUAUAUUUCACUACUGUAUUAUGCGAACCAAUGGUUUAUAUGUUUCCAACAAAUCCAGAACUUCAUCCAAGUUCAAUUUAUCCAAACCAGCAAUUUUCCCGGUACUUUUUCAGAUUUUUUUAAAUUUAUUUUGUAACAAAUUAUGAUAUUGAUUUUUUCAGUGGAAAAGUUCGUGAUUUGCCAGAUUCUGGAGUGAUUUAUUUGAAUAGAAUAAAACCAAUUGGCCAAGAAUUAUCGAUUCCAAUUCCUGAUUCUCUUCCAAUAAAAACCGAUAAAUCAUCUGAAAUUGUCAAAAAAUCAACAUUCCCUUCAUCUUUCGAAAAAUAUUCAUCAGUUGAAGAAAGAUCGCCAAUGAGAAAUAAGGUUACAAAUAUAAAAUUUAAAAAAAGACUACGGUAAUUUUUUCAGAUUUCAUCAUGGAAAGCCACCGAAAAAGCUACAGAUUAUGUUGCAAAUAUUCGUGAUUCAAAAAUUGAUGAAGCGAAAAAAUCAGUUCAAAAAACCAAAAUUCCAGAAGAAAUCGAAUUAGAUAAUUUGCUCGAUGAUUUAUUGAAAAAUGGAGGAAAAACCAAGAAAAUAUCUGGUCUUCAAAAAAUUGGAAAAAGUUCAAAAAGACACGUUGGAAAUUAUAAACCGAAAUUAAUUGCAUUUGAUGGAACUGCACGAGUUACUUCAACUUCAAGCUUGUCUAAACCAGCAAAUCCAGUUACAGUAAGAUUGAUGCAAAGAAAAGUAUAUUCUCCAAAGUAAGUUUGACUAUUAAAAUAUUUUAUUUAAAGAAAAAACAAAUUAUAUUUCAGAAACUCUAAUAAUGAUGCUGAUUUUGAUCCGUGGGAGAGAAUUCAACAAUAG